UGUUUAUAAUUCCGGUAACACAAAAAUUGUUUAUACACAUUGUGAUGGAAGAUAUGGAUGUGUGCCGAGUUUGUAUGGCCAGAGAAAGUGGCCCUUCUGUAAAAUUAAUAAAUAUAUUUGACUGGAGUCCUGAAGUUGCAGUAAUGGAAGACGAUAUGGGGAUAGGCAGCACUAGACUUGAUGACAUGCUUAACGAAUGCACCAACUGCGAAGUCAAGCUUGACGAUGAACUACCAAAGAAAAUUUGCAUGCGCUGCGUUAUAGACGCCCAGCAAGCAUUUAAGUUUAGGCGCUUGUGCAAUCACACUUACCAUUUCUUUUGCCAGCUUCUUAGUGAGCGACGGAACACUAGCUCAGAAAUGGGUAAGAACGAACACUCGGCGACAAUAAGGAGACAAACAUCCAAUACCGGUGAGGUGCUUGCCACAACCAUUGCAGAUAGACUUAAGAGCAUGGAAACGCGUUGCUUAAAGAUGGAGGAAGAUGACGGUAAAGAAACCAACGUCAAUUUAAGAACACAUGAUCGACUUGAUAUCCGCAAAAUGGAUUUAGGACCCAUUAAGCUUGAGAAUGAAUUGAGAAGCAAGACCAUAGAAAACCAGGACACCCAGCAAGGGGAACUGAAUUGUAUGGAUGAGCAUGGCGGCAAAGCCAUGUCAAGUAGUAUCGAUCGCCCAUAUAAAUGCCCUCACUGCUCAAAGGCCUUUGCUCAAAACCAACAUCUCAAGCGACACAUCUUUGGACACAUGGGUAAACGGCCAUAUAAGUGCCCUCACUGUCCAAAGGACUUUGCGCAGAGUCACCAUCUUAAGCGACACGUCUGCACUCACACAGGUCAACCUUUUAAGUGCCCACACUGUUCAAAGGCCUUUUCUUUAAAUCAUCUUCUGGCCGAGCACAUACGUGUGCAUACCGGCGAACGACCAUUUAAAUGCCCGCACUGUCCGAAAUCUUUUACCCAAAAUCCCUAUCUUACGGCGCAUAUUCGCAGACACAAGGGCGAACGGCCUUAUCAGUGUCCCCAAUGUUCAAAGGCUUUUGGAUUAAACCACAUACUCCAGACACACAUCCGCGGACACAAAGGAGAACGUCCUCACCAAUGCGCCCAUUGUUUGAAGGCAUUCACCCAGAAAUGUAAUCUGAAGAUGCACCAAAGGCGAUGUCCAGCAACGGGAGCAAAUCAUACUAAAUUAAUUGAGAAUUUUAGUAACUGUCCUACUGAAACUUUAUAAGUAUAGCGA